ACUUGGCUGAUACGGAAUAACCGCGCUGGCGUUCGUGGUCGGACGGAUGGCGGCGGCGGUCGGACGAGGACGCGCGGUUUCCCUCCGCGUCACACACCGCGACACGUAAGUCGUCUCCGCGGAGCGAGCAAACCUCGUCGGAUCACCGCACUCGUGGCGACUCUCUCGGAGACCCGGGGAUCGCUUUGGUGCAGGGGUGGAAUAAAUAAUAAGCGGGAGAAUGGUGCAAUCAUGAUUCAACCUGGAAACGAUCCUGAAGAAGAUUCAGCAGCUUGGCUGUACUGUACAUACCGUAUACAACGGUGACACAGCUCGUGCGUAGAUAGAAAUCACGACCAUGGAUAUACAGAAGAAAUAUCUGUGCCCCCGACUGGUGGAUUACCUCGCCAUUGUGGGGGCCAGGUUGCCCCCUGCCUCUCGUCAGCCCGUACAGGUUCCAGAGUUGUUACGCAGAUAUCCGGUGGAGGAUCACAAGGAUUUUCCUCUGCCGCUGGAUAUGGUGUACUUCUGCCAGCCGGAAGGUUGCAGCAGCAUAGGACCGAAACGCACGGCCUUACGAGAGGCGACAUCCUUCACCUUCACUCUCACCGACAAAGAUUCAGGAAAAACGCGCUAUGGGAUCUGUGUUAAUUUCUACCGACCCAUGGAAAGGGUGGGCGUCGCGGCUGGCACGGGAAUGUCGCUCAAGAGGGAGAAGUACAACACCACGUUCCGAAGGGAGAGCUGGAGGAAGAGCAUGGAGAGGAGCACGGACUCCGCAUUUUCUAGCGACUAUAGGAGCAGUGCGGUGGGUCCUAGUGACUCUGACAGAGAUUGCUCCAGCAGCAGGAGAGACUCGGACACCCCACAGGUCCCUCACGCCCCGAGGUUGGACAUCAUCGCGCCGAGCGGGGACAGCGAGAGCGGCGGCAGUCAUUCUCCGUCGCCGCGAGCGUCUCGGAGACGUCAGAGGGUUCGCAAUCACUCCUUGACCUCGUUGUGCAUCAUUUCGCAUCAUCCGUUCUUCACGAUGUUCCGGGAGUGUCUUUUCGUUCUAAAGAAGAUCAUCGACGCGUGCAACGAGAGCUUCUCGCCGCAGAAAGUGGGAGCUUCUCGGCAGACCAACAGGGACACGGUGUGGAGCGUGUUGACCGGGCAAGCUCUAGAGGGCACGCCUUCCAUCGUGCUUCACGACGUGCGCGAGAUCGAGACGUGGAUACUGCGCCUACUCAGCAGCCCCGUGCCGGUCCCGGCGAAGACGCGCGUCGAGGUCGAGAUCAUUUCGCCGAGCAUGCAACCGCCGCUAUGCUUCGCUCUGCCGGACCACACCAGGUUCUCCCUGGUCGAUUUCCCCCUGCAUCUGCCGUUGGAACUUCUCGGCGUUGACAUAUGUCUGAAAGUUCUCACGCUGAUCUUACUGGAGAACAAGAUUGUCCUUCAGUCCCGAGAUUACAACGCUCUGUCCAUGUCAGUCAUGGCGUUCGUCACGAUGAUUUAUCCGUUGGAGUACAUGUUCCCGGCGAUACCGUUGCUACCGACGUGCAUGAGCUGCGCGGAGCAGUUGCUGCUCGCGCCGACGCCCUUCGUGAUCGGGAUACCCGCCUCCUUUCUCCUCUACAAGAAGAAUUUCAAAAUGCCCGACGACAUCUGGCUGGUAGAUCUGGAUAGCAAUAAAAUCACGGCGCCCAGCGGUCUGAACGACUGCCUGCCGCCGUUGCCGGAACCGGAGGGCACCGUACUGAAGAAUCACUUGAAGCAGGCAAUGCAACUGAUGGAUCAAGUUGGCUCUAGUGCUAUGGCCAGUAUGUCGGGCCCUCCGAUACCUUCGCAAGACGUCACACCGCGUCUCUCUUUUCAGCCGCCGAGUAGAAGGGAAAGCGUGGUCUUGCAUCAUUCGAGCUUGAGCGUAGCUUCUACGAAGCACAGACCGAGUAUCGACCAGUGCGCUCACAUACAGCACAGCCCGCUGAAUUCGCCGGGCAUGAGUACAUCGAGUCCAACUCGUCGACCGUCGAUGUCGUCGCAGUCGGUCGGGCCGUACCCGCCGAAGGCGGGCGCGGUCGGGCAGAACCCGACGGCGCCCUUCAAUCCCUUCAUCUACGGCAACGACGUGGACUCGGUGGACAUCGCCACGCGAGUCGCUAUGGUGCGCUUCUUCAAUUCGCAAAAUCUGUUGGCCAACUUCACCGAGCACACGAGGACUCUGAGGCUCUACCCGAGGCCGGUGGUGGCCUUCCAGAUCAACUCGUUCCUGCGCUCGCGACCCCGGGCGAGCAACUUCCUGAACAAGUUCGCGCGCACCCAGGCGGUCGAGUUCCUGGCGGAGUGGUCGCUCACGCCUAGCAACGUGGCCUUCCUGCGGGUGCAGACGGGGGUGUUCGACCCGGCGCAGAUCGGCGACAAGUCGCGCUGGUACGCGAGCAAUCUCGAGCCGAUCUACUUCCCGGUUUGGGACUCCGGCAGCUCGCUUGCGAACGCUUUGAAGGCGAUGAGGGAGCUCGAGAGCCAGCCCACGGACGAGAGCGGCUCUGAUUCCGAGGGCGCCGAGAGCACCAGCUCCUCUUAUUCUUCCCUGAGCGACUUCGUCUCCGAGAUGGCGUCGUCUGAUCUGUCGCCGGGUUACAAUUGUCCGCAAGCGAGCCAGCCCCAACAAAUGUCGCUCUCGGUGGACCCAAAGAACGUUUAUAACCCUCCGAGUUCCUUGCAAUAUCCGGGAGUGGAGGAGGACUCGCCGGUACGACCCGAAAGUCCACCGAGCACCUCUUCUAGUCACAGCGAUCUCAGCAGUCCGAGCUUUAACCGGGACUCCGAGCUCGAAUUGAAUCCGAAAAUUCAUGAGGGCUCGCAAUCCACUAACGAUAAAGAGGAGGGUGGUAGCUUUGAGUCAGACUCCGCGUCGACAAUAACGCCGCGCACGAUCCUGAGUGCACAAAGUUCGGUAGGAACACAGUUCGGGAUAAGCAUGGGAUCUUUAGGCGCUCCUUCGCUCAACGACGUUGAACGUCCUGCGACUCCUCACAGGACCUCGCGUGUCAGUAGAUAUGUCACUCCUAUGCCACCCACCGGACCAGGUCUGCAACGUCAGCCGAGCGUCGGCAACGUCCUGGCGAGAGGCUCCAGCUUCAGCACCACCGGCGGUCCUCUGCUGCCGCGGCAGAUCAGCUCUGCGACGCCCACCGAGCAUCUUCUCGAAGGGGCGCCGCUUCAGCGCCAGGGCUCGGCGGGGCAGAUCGCGCAGAAACAGAACAACGAAGUGCAACGGCAGAACAGUGGCGGCAGCUCGAGUACCGGAAACGGGGUGCUCAGACAGGGCUCUCAGGGAUCUCUGUUCGAGCAGAUCGCCAGCCAGGCGAAGGAUCUGGUGCGCGAGACCACCAGGCAGAGCAGUCAGGACGGGCUGCUCGCGCAAAUGGACAAGCUCAAGCAUCAGGCGAAGGAAAAGAUUACAGAGGCUGGCGAGGACAGUCUGUUCGCGCCGUUGGAGCAGUUAACGCAGCAAACUAAGAAAGCCAUGGGCGAGGCCACGAAAUCGGUGCAAGAGGCGUCGAAGACCGCGAUCGAGGCGAGCAAGACCGCAGCGGGCGUCAGCAAAAAUACGCUCGACGACUUGACGUACGUCGGCAAGAGUACACUGGGAGAUUUGACGAAAAGUGCCAAAGAAGUCGCCGCGAAGAAGGGCUUACUCAAGAAUAUCGGAGAAUCGCAGCAAUCACCGGUGCACGCACCGCCGUCUCCCAAUAUGAUGCAGCGGAAAGAUUCGGUCAGUAAUCAGCUGGUCGCGUCGGACACGCGUAGCGGCGUCGGACGGGAUUUCUUCAGCAAUAUCAGCAGCGAUUUAAACGGCUUCGCCGCGCAGACUAGCAGUAUGUUCAGCGAUUUGUUCGGUAGUAAAAACACUUCUAACAGGGGCAGUAGCUUCUUCCCGCAGAAUCAGAAAUCGAAGGAGAAGGCUCAAAUUCUUGGACCAUUUCCCAAAGGAAAAACCGGGUUAGUGGAACGCUCCUCGUUGAUAAAGCAUUCCUCGCACCGAGUUAAUCAAGAAGACGCGCAGAGAAUGCAGAACGCGGAACGUUCUAGCACGAACAGCGACAAUCAAGCUUUCUUGAACGAUGUGGUGACGCAAGUGUUGGCAGGGGAAGGCGUCGGCUGGCUCAAACUGAACAGAGUGAAGAAGCUAAUGGAGGACGAGAAUUAUCGGGAUUUGGUCGUGACCAAGCUGAACAAAGGUCUCAAUAGAAAAAUUAGCCCGGACGAUCACAUUGACGAUGUGGCUAUACCGAAACCCGUGUACAAGGGAAUGUUAAAGUGCCUUCAAGCAGUGACGUAUGGUCUCGCGCAUACGUAUACUAAUUUCGGACUGGGCGGAAUGGCUUCUGUCUUCCAACUGAUGGAAAUUGCUCACACGCAUUAUUGGAGCAAAGAUCUAUCCGAAGGUGGCUUCGACAGCUCGUUGAUGUCGCAGGCAUCCAGCCCGUUCGGCAGCAGGGAGAACUUGAAAUCCCCGCAAUCGCCGAAUCAACCCGACUUCGCGGAUAGCACGCAAAAAUCGGAUCUGCCGCAGGUGCAUCUGGACAUGCCGCACGCGCAAGCACCGUCAGCAACGGGGGACACGAGCCAGUCGACGACGGACAUGUUUCUGGACAUGUUCACGAAGAAGGGGAAGUUUCUGAGCAAGCUCACUUCGUUCGAUUCCGAGAGUGGGCGGGGUGGUGGAACGGGAAGCAGCGAAGCUUUAUCCACAGACGGAGGUAGCAUUAUCACUAACCCUGCUUUUCGGCAAGCGCACCAAGCUUCCUUCCGAAGCACCGUGUCUGAUAGCGAGGUCGAGCAAGGCAAUUUUCCCCGGCAAGGCAAGCAGCGCUCCGGCAGCGUUUGGUCCAGCAAGUCGUCCUUGAGCACCGGGUUCCGCUAUCACGGCGGAAGCUUGAUACCCACGACGACGCAACCGAGCCCGGAGGCUGCGAGGACGUAUCUCUUCGAAGGUCUGCUGGGGAAGGAGAGAUCCCCUCUGUGGGACCAAAUGCAGUUUUGGGAGGACGCCUUCCUGGACGCCGUCUCGCAGGAGCGCGACAUGAUGGGCAUGGACCAAGGUCCCGGGGAAAUGAUGGAGAGAUACAAGAGUUUGAGCGAGAGCGAAAGGCGACGGUUGGAGCAUGACGAGGACAGACUUCUGUGCACCCUGCUGCACAAUCUCACCGCUAUUCUGGUGAUGCUGAACGUCGAUAAGAACGAGCUGAAGCGGAAGGUGCGGAGGUUGCUGGGCAAGAGCCACAUCGGUCUCAUCUACAGCCACGAACUGAACCAACUGCUCGACCAGAUCAAUAAUCUCCACGGAAACGACAUCGAUCUGAAGCCCCUGACGUCACGACAGAUGCACCGGCAGUCGUUCACCGUGCACUCCGGGGUGGACGCCGAGGGCGACCUGCGGUUCCUCGAGGUACGCCACGACGGCCUCGUGCUGAGAUCGGUGAACGGCGUGAUAGUCGAACGCUGGUGGUACGAGCGCGUGGUCAACAUGACGUACAGCCCGAAGAAUAAGGUCCUGUGCCUGUGGAGGAGAAGCGGCGGCGAUACCGAGUUGCAUAAAUAUUAUACGAAGAAGUGCAAGGAUCUGUACUAUUGCAUAAAAGAUGCCAUGGAGAAGGCCGCGGCUCGCGGGCGAGGCGCGAACGUGGGCAUCGAGCUCGGUGGCGAAUUCCCGGUGCAGGACAUGCGAACGGGCGAGGGCGGGCUUCUGCAAGUUUGCAUGGAGGGCGUUGGUCUACUCUUCGCGAAUAGCAAGGAUUUCGAGUUUUUUGUAAGACUCGAUCAUAUCCGCAAGUGCUUUACUCAAAAGGAUGGAAUCUUUGUUUUGGAAGAAUUCAAUCCUAAAACUAGACAAGUAAUUCAACGUAAAUAUAAGUCACAAAUGGCAUCUGAGAUCUGCUACGCUGUUCUCUGCGUAUUUUCUUACGUGGCGGCCGGAUUGGAGCAACGAAAACAGGGCCAGCAGCAGCCACAGCAGCAGCAGCAACAGCACGGUACACUGCAACACAGUGCGUUACAAACGCAUCAACAACGACAGCAGCAGCAUCAACAGCAGUAUCAGCAACAGCACCAGCCGCAGUAUCAGCAGCAACACCACCAGCCGCAAUAUCAGCAGCAACACCACCAGCCGCAGUAUCAGCAGCAACACCAGCCGCAGUAUCAGCACCAAUCGCAGCAGCAGCAGCAGCAUCACCAAUCACAGCAGCACCAGCAACAUCACCAGCCCCGACACCUGUAUCAGCAGCAACACAGGCAGGAGCAACCGGCACAGCCGAGUAACGUAACGCCGCAGGCGCAUAAAAACACGCAACUGGAUCCUCAGCCUCGUCAACACUGACACAGGCAAAGACACUCGCUUCCGUUCGUGGGCAUCCAACGUAAGAAUAGCUGCGCCCCUUACGCCUGUCUACCUUGGGUAUAAGUGUACGAUUUCUCUUUCUCUUUCUCUCUCUUUCUCUCUUCCUCCCCCUCUACACCUCUAUCUCUCUUUUCUCUCGAGAUAUUUAUUUGCGAGUUCAUCCCACGUCAGGGACACACAGUAUGUAUGCAAGGGCAAAGGUAACGAGGCGAUUGACACCCUUCAUUUUUCCGGAAAGCGGAAGUAUUUGUUUGCCGGCGUAAACGUCGUCGUCGUUUGUUACCUUCGACCGGAGUCGAGGACGGCGACGAGCGUGAGAAGAAGCCGCACGAUAACGACCGGCGUGUCAGCUGAUGGUUGCGAGCAUUCCUUUCUGGGCUACUUGCUCUCUCUGGAAAGAGAGAGAGAGAGAGAGAGAGAGAGAGAGAGAGAGAGAGAGAGAGAGAGAGCUCUCUCUGUGACGUGUAGUCUCUCGCGUUAAUGUGAUAGGUAAUCGUAUUCUUCUAUUCGUACUCACACGUAGGCGUGUUAUACGUGUACGUGUCACCUAAAGCAAUUAAAUACAAUAAAACGUUCGUAAUAUAAUUGGAGGUACAAUUUAUAUGAUAUACGCGACAGAUUGUAAAGAGAUAAAAAAAAAGCUGUGAUCGUCCGCGACGUUCGGAAGAGCAAAGAUUUAUUUUAGCCCGCGUGAAUAGUAAGUCGAGAAAUAAGAUGGCGAGUGCCGCGUCUCGCGGACAAGCCGCCGGGGAAAUCGCGGAAAUCCCUCGCUGGCUUUCCCUCGGUUGUCGCUGCCGGAGUCGCGCCUCGUCGCUCUCGCACGUCCGAAUGAUCCUGCGCGAGCACGGGUGACGGGCGGCGGCUCGUUCGUCGUCUUUCUCUCCGCCGCGUCUGCAAUGAAACUUAACCGGUGACUUUGCGUUGCGAUCUCAGCUCUCACGGUCGCGGUGUGUGAUGUGUUAAGCGAGAAUACUGUCGUGUUGUUGUAAUAGAAUGUACAGAGACGACAUGUAUCCCGUCGUAUGUCGCGUGUCUCGAACGUAAACACGCGCGGUGGUCGUUAUUUUGUACGGUCUCGACUACGAGAAGCGAAAAAAGAAGAAGAGGAGGAAAGGACAAAUUCUACCCCCUCCCCCCUCCCGGUAGCGAUAGAGCAUGUAAUUAGGGUACAUGUAAUGUUCCCAGGAGUGAUUAGGCAUUAUAUACGAUAUAAUGUAAUGACUGUACAAUACACCUUACCACCCCUCCCCCCCACCCUCUCCACUAUUCUGAAACUGAAGGAAAGAAGGCGACGUCUCAGGGAGUGCUGUGUAAAAAAUCUACAUCCUGCGUUUUUUUCCCGCACCCGACUCGAGCACGUUACUCAGUUAAGCGCGCGCGAUGCAUCGGUUACAUUGUAAUAGCGCCGGGCCGUACGCGGUUUCAAACCGCGCGACAUAGUCGGAUGUAGUCGUCGGCACUAAGUGCGAAACAGGAAGAAGAAGGAGGAACCUUUCCGCACACGCGAUGAGGAACGUUGCGUUUUUUCCUUACCGUCUGUUUCUCGACAUUUCCCAGCGCGUUGACCGAUUCGCGCGUUAACGCGUUAACAAACAUAGACAAACGACCAGCAGCCUAGGACAGACGACGAAAUUGUACACCAGCCGCGCGAACUCUUCGUGUGAGGUAAACGUGUAGCGUAGUUCUACGGUCACACAUUCGAACAACCAACACACACACACACAUACACACACGCACGCACGCACACAUACACACGCAAAUGUCAGAUGAUAUAUUUUCAUGCAACGUAAAGAAGCGUAAGUAGAUAUUUGUAAAAAAAAAAAAAGGAAUACGACUUGUAGAUAGGAAUCGGCGAUGUAAUAAGCGGUACAAGCGCAGGUGUACGCGUUCCCCCCCUCUCUUUUUUUUUGGUUUCUCGUCUUUUAAUACGAAUAUACAUAAACUCGCGUAGCGCUCGCUCGCUCGCCGGCUGAGCUAGAGAGGGGAGUGCGUUCCUAAGAGAGUUCAGAGGAUGUGGUUCUCUUCUAAAGAUCCGGGGAAAAAAUAGUAGAAGAAGCAGGAUCGGAUCCCGACGUNCCAAAAUCUAUCUGCCUAACCCCCCCCCCUCCCCCCGGUGUUUAGAAACUCUCGGUCGACGCCACGUUUAGACGUUUAAUAUGUCGAUCGAUCAUUGUCAUUUCGAGGUGUGUGUAUCACGGUUAUGCGAUGAAAGAGAGAAACCUUAGAGACCUCUUAGAAGAGAAAUUAAUACCUCGCAUUGUAUAGUACUCAUCCAUGUAGACGCCUUAUGCCCAAUAUAUACUUGUAGCCGA